AUGCCCCAAAAGAUCGUUAUAUGUGGUGCAGGCUUCCUAGGUUCGUACAUUGCUAAAGCAAUUGCCGCAAGCUCAACGACCAAACUGCCACGCCAUAUUCAACUGACUUCGCGCAAGCCCGACAGUCUAUACAACAAAUUACAGCCUGGAAUUGGGGAUGGCAAGAUGCUUUCCGCCGUGCCAGCAGACAUCACAAAACCAGACACAUUAAAAUCGGCAUUCGAAGGGGCGAACGUAGUUGUAUCUCUUGUCGGGGUUCUGCAUGGCACACCCAAGAUGUUUGAAGAAAUUCAAUGGAAAGGUGCCGGCAACGUUGCACAGGCGGCAAAAUUCCACGGAGCGAAAAUCAUACAUUUCAGUGCCAUUGGGGCGGAUGAAUCGAGUCAUAUUCCAUAUGCACGGACGAAAGCGCUUGGCGAGAAUGCUGUAAGGGAAAUUUGCUCGGAUGCAACAAUCAUACGGCCAAGCCUCGUCUUCGGUCCAGGUGACGGCUUCUUUGCUCGCUUCGCGACCCUUUCCACGUUUUUGCCUUUCAUGCCAGUCUUUGGUGGGGGAACAACGAAAUUCCAGCCUGUUUAUGCAGGAGACAUUGCUCGUGCUGUAGAAAUUGCCUCUCGGAGUGAGGACCAAGCUAUGAAAGCAACCAGUGGUAAGGUCUUCGAGGCAGGCGGACCAGAUAUAUUCACGUACAAGGAAAUGAUGAGACUCGUAUUGAAGUAUACUGGACGUCGUCGACCGAUUCUAUCGCUUCCAUAUGCAGUUGGAAAGAUGCAAGGACUCGUCCUCGAACAGCUCCCACCGAAUGUCCUAACGCUGACACGAGAUCAGGUUGAGCAACUAAAAAUCGAUAACAUUGUUAAUACGUCGCCCCCUUCAGACCAUGCGUCAUUUGCAGAGCUUCUGGAGAAAUUCGGGGGAGGCCCAAGGAAGACAGUUGAUGAAGUCCUUCCGCAAUACCUGUAA